CCCCCCCCCCCUUCCCCCCACCGGUUUUUUGCCAUCUAUGCCAGUCCAUCGACUUCCAUACCUGUCAUUUGCCGACCAGCCUACGCACCAGCCACAAAGACAUUCAGGACCCUCCGUCUCUUUGAACAGCCGCCUCCCAAAAACUGACGCAACGAAACCCUCUUUUAUCUACCUUCCUUCCCCCCUCCACCAACAAACCAACAUCACAAUCCUCACGAGACCACAUCACCAACCGCGACGAACAACGAAAGAAGGACAUAUCUCCUUUCGUACCGCUUGAAUCCUUACCUACAACUCAUAACUCUUCACACACGCAACCGAACCGCCCACAAUGGAUGACUGGGAUACCGCCACCAAGAUCGGCUCCAAGGCCCGCGGCGGAGGCGUGCAGAGAGAGACCGUCAUCAAGGGAAAGAGCGCCCUCAACGCCGCCCAGCGCAGCGGUUCCGUCAUCGGAACGGAGAAGAAGUACGCCGCUGGCAAUGCUGCCACCAAGCCCGGCGUCGAAGGCCAGCGCCUCACCAAGGUCGACCGCUCCGACGACAUCAUCAAGCCCAACACGGUCGGCAAGGAGGUCGGCGACGCAAUCUCCCAGACGCGCCAAAAGAUGGAGCCCAAGAUGACCCAAAAGGACCUCGCCACAAAGUGCAACACCACCCAGUCCAUCGUCGCCGACUUUGAGCGCGGCAGCGCGGCCCCCGACCAGAAGAUCCUCUCCGCCAUGGAGCGCGUCCUCAACGUCAAGCUGCGCGGCGCCAACAUUGGCGAGCCGCGCUUCGCCAAGAAGAAAUGAGCAAUUCGUCCGUCUCUAAUUUCUUUUUUUUGAUUGAUACCACUCACUCAAUCGGUGGAAUCGUCACGGUCUCCGGGGAGGCAAACACGAGAGAGAGCGCUCGUGGCUUAAACCUUGCUUGCGCUGGGGAGUCUGGAAUCUUUGGAAGGGCGGAAAAUGGUCGUAUUGAACAACAAAACAACAAAACAAGAUGGCCCCGGCUUGGUUUGCAUAGCAUGAAACAAGACUGAAGACUCAGAAAUGUCUCGAGAGGCUGGCUCUUUAUGAAGGUUACGGUUCCUAGACGUUUUACAGCACAAUAGAUGAGUUGGCGACUCCAGAGCUGACGAUUACACUAAAUCCAUUAUCUGCAUCUCCU